AUGGAGGAAGAAAGCUCUGAUGCAGAAUUACAUGCCAAGACAGGAGAAGACUGGAUCGAAACUGAUAUCAAGGAUGAACAUCCAUUUUCCGAGGAAACCAGUGACCUUGAAUGCAAGACAAAUAAGAGUUACUCUGAUGCUGACAUGACAGAUGAGGAAGAUGCUUGCAUUAGCCAAACUAAUAAUGUCUAUAUUAAAAGGGAAAGUAAUGCUGAAAUUAGUGAAAAGUGUAUAUUUUCUGAAGAAACAGAAACUAUGAAUGACAUGAUGAAGUAUAAUGACUUUGAUGUAGAAGUGAAAUAUGAGAAUAAUACGCUCCUUAAUGAUGCAAAAACUGAAAGUUUUGAUGAUGAGCAAACUGAACAGGAUAGUUGCAUAUAUGUUAAAAGGAAAGAAACUGCAACUAAAGAUCCAUUGUUACUGACACAAUAUGGAACUGAGGAGUCUAGGAAAAUUCAGUGUACAAAUAAUGAUUUGGCAAUGCAGAUGAAAGCACAUAAAGCAGUUACAGACACAAUUGGAUAUUCUAAUGAGAAACCUUUUAAAUGUAAGAUUUGUAUCAAAGAUUUCUCUAGAGAAAGCAUUUUAAGAAAACAUAUCAAGCAUCAUUUAAAUGAGAAGCUUUUCAGCCAUGAGGUAUGUAAUAAAGAAUCUGCAAUGAAAGAUACUCUAGUAAAUCAAAUGAGAAUACAUAUAAAUGAAAAACCACAAAUAAGUGAAGUAUGCUGUGAAAAAUUCUCAAAUAGAGAUAGUUUACUAACACACAGGAGAGUCCAUACAAAGGAGAAACCUGGUGUAAAACCUCUGGCUUCCAGACAUGGUCCACCAGUGAUGGAUCGGAGGCAGCAAUUGAAACUCCUGUACCUUUUGUAUUUAAGGAAAAAGAAAAAGCAGUGCAAAGGCCAUUGGAUUCACCCAAUCAAUGAACAGAGAGAUACUCUUGGAGUAUUUGCAAUACUGUAUAAAGAAGUACGAAGUGAUCAUGUUAAGUUCUUUGAGUAUUUUUGCAUGUCCAUGAACACUUUUGAUGCACUCCUGCAAUGCUUACAUCUCCAUCUACAACACGAAAACACCAAAAUGAGAGACGCUAUUCCACCUGUAGAGAGAUUAGCAGUCACCAUCAGGUAA